GAAUUCUAAGGCUAAUUAGCUAGAAAAUACUAAUUCAAACUUGAACAUUCUUCAAAAAGAGUGUGGGGGCAAUUACAAUUAUCAGAGGAAGAAACGUCAUAAGCAAAAUAAAAGCCAAAUGUUUUCCACAGGAGUCCUCCUUUUGGCUGUUUUGACUUCGAAUGCACUGGCUGGACCAUGGGCUAAUAUAUGUGCUGGCAAGUCUUCCAAUGAGAUCAGGACGUGUGACAGCCAUGGCUGUGGCCAGUACACUCCUCAAAGUCCCAGGCCUCACCAGGGUGUGGAUGUCUUGUGCUCUGAUGGAUCUACUGUAUAUGCCCCUUUCACUGGAAUGAUUGUGGGCCAGGCGAAAUCGCAUAAAGACAAAAAUGCCAUCAAUAAUGGUGUUCGGAUAUCUGGAAGCGGUUUCUGUAUUAAAAUGCUCCACAUUAAGCCAAUUAAGUAUAAAGGUUCUAUCAAGAAGGGAGAAAAACUGGGAACAGUACUGCCCUUGCAGAAAGUUUAUCCUGGCAUACAAUCCCACGUACAUAUUGAAAACUGUGACUCGAGCGAUCCUACUGUGUACUUAUAAAUGGAAGACAAAGGACGAGAUCUUCUAAACAGAAAGCCAUCUUCUUAAAACCUCGAUGCAUACCCUGUUUUCAAGAAAUUUGUGUUCAAAUAGAAACAUGAUGAAUUCAAGAAAGAAAAUAGCAUUUUGAUUUCAACUCAUUGCCGCUUUGAUGUUUUUGAGUGUCAACUAAUUUCUCAGGACUCUCUGAUCUUUCUGUAACCUAUGGGAUCUGGAGUGUUUUUUUUUUUUAAAGAUUUAUCAGUCCUGAAUACUUAGGAUAAAUAAACAUACGAAUUC